AAGCUGGGUUUUACGUCAGAUCAACUUUCACAAUUUACUGUUCGUGAAGGUAACGAAAAACAAGUCAAGUUAGGACAUUUGAUGGUCAAGUUGGGAUGUUUAGCUGUGAUACGAGGAGAAAAGGAGCCACUUUCACCUUGAGAUAGAACCAGUGGAGCUCUAUAGAGAGGUAGAAGACAAGGUAUUGAUAUUUACAAAGGUUAGCCAUGAGUCAUGAAGCAGAACAAGUUGACUUGAUAUUGAUCAAGCUCUCAGCCUGCGCGGGGUUGUAAAACACUCGGCCAUUCAGUGGUGAUGAUCUUGGACUGAACCCAGCCUCAUGUUGCUCAGAAGUUAGUCAUCGUGUUUCACCUAACUUGUGCUGGGUCCAUUGUACAAUUUGUUAACAGAGCUGAGCCAUCCUACACGCAGUAAAACACAAGCAAUGACGCUUUGAGUGAAUUGGCCAGUGAAUUGUGCGGGAAGGAUAUAUUUAUUGGCUUGAGAUUUGUAAGACAAAAUGUAAGAUUGGAAAGCUGAGUUUGAGUUGAGAAACAAUGGGUAGUAACCCUUCAAGUAACAGGGACUCUGGUGAGUCCACAAGAGAGGAAGGUGGCACUGCCAGGGAUCAUUCAAACACCAUGUUCCCCUCGUCACAUCAUGGACCCAUAGGAGAUGAGGUCUUAGAACCUCCUAGCCAAACACUGCCAUCUCCUGCAAAAGUGGACAAAGUGAAAAAGAAGAAGCCCACAAGCUUCUCCUCACUCAAGAGGAGAAUUGUGAGAAGAAAGACUGCAGGUAAGUUCCAGGAUCAUGCUCGGUCCAUACGGGAUCUCAUAGCAACUUGGAAUCCUCUGGAUGUGUGUUCACUCAUAGAGGAAUAUGAUGCUCUGGCAGCUCUCAAGGAAAUUGCUAUUCAGACAGACUUGGCUAGGACAUCGGCCUCACCACUCAAAAAUGACUUGUUGCAGCUGUUUAAUAGUAAAAACUGUGCAGAUGUGAAUUUAAUCUACAAAGGAUCAACAUUCCCAGCUCAUCGUGCCAUACUCUCUGCAAGGUGCGGUUUCUUCAGGGAACUCCUGCGGAGGAACCCGACGGUAGGUGCAGAAGUUCCAGUGGACCUUGGUUGGUCAGGGGUAACAGUGAAUAUGUUUGCUUCGUUACUCAGAUACUUGUACACGGGAGAGUUUAACACGGAAGAUUCGCAAUUAGAAAACUUUGAUGUAUUGAUCAGAUUAGGAGAGCGAUUUGGAACACCGAAUGCACUUGAGCACGACUUCAGAAUGUUACUGGAUACGGGCAAUUACGGAGAUGCUGCACUCGUUUUUUCUUGUGAUACUGAAUCAGUUGGAGUGACACGUGCCAUAGAGGCAUCAAGGACAUCUGUCGGGAGUUCUGUUAAGUGCCAUAAAGCCAUCUUGUCUGCAAGAUCACCGUUCUUUAGAAGUGUUCUCCAGAGGAGACACCAGCAAAGCAGUGAAUCUAGUGCAAGGACGUUGCCAAGCAUAACACCCAUUGUGCUUGAUGAGUCAGUGAUACCCAAAAAGUAUGUUCAUGUACUGUUGUAUGCCCUCUAUCAGGAUGUAGUAGACUUAAGUCUAGUCUUGCCAGACAGUCCCAGUGUAGGAAGCCUUGGAGAAGCUCAAGCCAUGGCAUCGGGAAGGACACCACUUACUAAAGUGGAGCAAGCCAUGGAGUUGUAUCAGAUUGCAAGAUUCUUGGACUUUGCAACUAUGGCUCAUGCUUGUGAAGACAUCAUAGCGCGGAGCAUCACCACAGAGAACCUGGUCUCCAUCUUGACAUGGAGCCUGGAGCCCCAUGGAUCCCACUGGGUCCACCGGCAGGCUCAGCAGUACCUGCAGGAGGAGUUCUCUGCUGCAGCGGCAUCUCCGGUUCUCUUUGAGCUCCGGGAAUCUCAACUCAUUAUGGCUCUCAAGUCCGACUUCCUCCAGGUUGCUGAAGCAGAUAUUCUGAAAGCAGUAGUAAGAUGGGGAGAAUACCAGCUCAUAAAGAGGAUGGAAGAGAGAGAACCCAAUCUUGUGAGCCACACCCAGCACAGCGUGAGCAGAAAAGGUAUCAAGAGAAGAGACCUGGAUACAGGAGAACUCAGAGAGAUCAUCAGUAGUCUACUCCCUCUCGUCAGGCUGGAACAUAUCAUUCCUAGGGAACAUGAGGCUUUAACGAGUGCAGUGAAGAGAGGUCUGAUUCCUACCCCGCCCUCCCACAUGCUGUCUGGUGAUGAGCUGGCCAAGUUGAACCCCUGGGUGAGGGGGAAGGGCAGACGCUUCUACCCGAGACCAAGGUUAUUCACUCCGUAUGUGGAGGAAGCCAAGUGUUUCCUUGAGGAGCCAGUGGUGUCGGACAUGGAGUCAGACCAGAGAGGAAUCCGUAUGUCUUAUGUGCCUGAUGCUCUAUACAUGCUGGAAGAGAGAGGGGAACGUUCAGACCGAUGGGUUAGUAGGCCCAGGCCGUAUCCUCCUUCUGUCAUCGCAGGUUCAUUCCCAGCUCCUGAUGAAGCUACUGUGAAGGCCAUGCGAGCCAGAGAGAAAGAGCUCCAGCGUUCAGUUGCGGCCAAAAGGGCCUUCUCCUUACGCUGCACAGACCAUGCAGCAGUGACCAGGGAAGUCCAUACCCGCGUUGUUCGAGAGUUUGGUUUCCCUGACGAGGCUGUGGAAGUGUUUGAUGGCCCAGCUGAGGGUGGAGACUAUGAGGGGCAGGGAUCAGGGGGCCUGGAUGAUAGUGAUCUGGAGGUCUUUGGACGCAUGUGGAAUGAUCUGCCUGAUCUUCAUCAUCGGCAUGAGCCUGCACAUCAUACAGAGGCUACAGCUACACCUGAGGUGAUGCCCAUGCUGAGUGAGAUCAUGCCAGACAUAGCUAUUCCAUCAGGCCCUGAUCUGACCAUCGCCAUGGCCCCACCGGUCAACCAGAUGCUGCUCCGAGAGCCUGAACUGGGCGAUGACCGUCGGCGUCAUGGAAGAGAGAAGGGCAAGGGCGGAAAGAGCGAGAGCAGUCAAACAAAAGUCUAGCUGUACUUGACGUGGUCAAUUACUCAUUAUUAUCCUUACAUUAAUGAUUAUAUUUAACGAUACUGUCUGUGUAGUAUUAACUGAAUAAUAAUAGUCUUGAGCUCUGUUAAUGAUGAAAAUUAAGAUUCUCACAUAACCCACAACAUUCCCCAAUAAUUCUUGAAACUAGAAGUUUACUACAUUUGCUAAAUAUUGUUUUUUUUUAAUUAGAUUUGAUAUAAUUGCUGGAAAAAUAAAAUAAAAAUGAAACUUAACGGAUCCAGGAAUGACACAUCUGUACAAAAACAUUGCGCCAUGUGUGCAUAUUCAUGUCGAUGCUUGUUCAGUGAUUAUAGUUCUUGGCAAGUUUACUUCAUUUUGUUAACAUUGUAAUGGUUCUAACAACCAGCGGAAUAUCAGGAUUUAUUUUAGCCUCAUACUAUAAACCAAUUAACUUUUUAUCCUCUCAUUGUGAAAAUUCAAGAUUACCUGUAAGCAAUGAGUAUUGACUAUGAUUUAUUACAUAAGUAAUCCAGCUGAUAACUAGUGCCAAAAUCUGCAAUACAUGUAUUUUAUAUUAUAUAACACAGGUGACAACAAAUAAAAUAAUCAAACUAUUUCCAUUUAUACAGCUCACUUCAUUUCAUUUAAAGAGACCUAACCGGUAUAUUCCUCAUUAAAUACAUGUUAAGUCUAUUCCUCUAUUAAAUCUAGAAAUUUGCAUUUUUGUGCACAAAAAAGCAUAUUGUAGUAUAGUACAAGGAAAAUUCUAUGUUUAAUUCACUAAAUUAAUUUUAAAAAAUGUAUUCUUUUAAAGAGUUUUGUUGCAGAUAUUUUUGUGACAAGGCUGUUUUCUGUUUAAAAAUUAAUUGGUCAUAUUUUUUUUCUGAGGUUAAAACUAAUCAUUUCCUUUAAAAAGUAGUAUGGAACUGUAACAUUGUGUUACCUAGUGGUAGUUUCUUUUCUUUUUUUAUACAUGGACUGAAAAAUAAUGUUGAUUUCCUUUACCCUGCUAAAACAUUUGUGUUCAUUAAUUCUUUGAUAUCAGUUAAUGAUUUUAUUUCAUUUGUGCAAUUUUCUCUUUGCAUUAUUCAUUCCUAUUUUAUGUUAGUCAAGUAAAAAGAAGAAUAUUAUCUUCUUUUUGUGUGUGCGCAUCUACACAGUUGUUGAACACAAGAUAUAUUACAUAUUUUGUUGAUAUUCAAACAGAAGGAUGUUGAACUGUAUAGAAACUUUGUUUCAGCAAUCUUCUGAAUGUCCUAUGUCACCAGCUUUUCCCCCAAUCUCAUCAGUCAUGUUGGAUUCAAAGAUAAAUAGUGGAAGUAUUAAGAAAGCCAUAAAGUUAUUGCAUACAAAAUCUUUGGAGAACAAAUGAAGGUAUUGGGUAUGUCAUCUAAAUGGAAGAAGUGAUGAUAGAGGAAGAUAGAAGACAGUGGGAGAGUAACUAAUCUAGACAAAUUACAAGACGGCCAAAUCAUCCUAACAGGAUGAAGAGAAUCUUACAAAUUUACAGAGCUGCAAUACCCUAACUGGUUGAAAAAUUCAUUUAGGCAGAUCAGAUUUGAUAAUAAUAUAAAUGCGCUAUUGUUGUACGUCGUUGCCUGGUGACUUUAAUGUUUUGUGAUUAUGACCAAAUUUCUGAAUAGAGAUAGAGAUAGAAGUCUAUCUUUUACUAUAUUUUAUCUUGUUUGAAUUCAUAGUUGUUAUGUUACAAAAGGGCACACCCUAGACCUCUUUCUGGGUUUGUUAUAUGUAUCUCAUGAGGAAUAAUACAGAUUUGUUAUUUCACAACUAGGUCAUGAGCUAGGAUGGGUGACAUUAACCUACAUGUAUCUCUAUAAAUCUAUGAAACUCAAAAUAGGGACACAGACAGAUUUUCUUUAUUAUUAUGUUUUUCAUUUCAGCAUUUAAGUUGAUUUGGUAAGCCAAGCGUCACAAACCUUUCAAAUCUGUUCUCACUUCAACCAAUAGAUUAAUAGGUAGUAACUGAACCUCUGUGGGGCCGUAUGACGCCUGAAUGCUUGCAAUUAUUUUCUUUUGAUAGAAAUGACGCCUUUCAAGAGAAACCAUUCAUUUUCAAAAUUUUAUGGGAGAGAGAGAAAGAGAUGCUUGUACUUGUUUAUUGGACUUUGAUCAUGCCUUUCAAGCCAUAUUUUUAACCCCUGAAUAUUUGCAUAACAUGUCCUUUUUUUGUAUCCCUUGAGCAGAUAUUCUCUCUUUCAUUUUCACUAUAAAAGCAUCAACCAUGUUAAAGUGUGCAUGUGAUGUAAAGUAAUCAAAAAGGGCACUGCACUACACGACAUUAGAUUGCAGAGCAACCUUUUUUUGGUCCCCCCUAAAUUUACCUUUAUUUUCCACCUAAAAUAGUUUGACUGCAUCAGAAAUAUGCUUCUUGUACAGAAGAAACAAGUCCUCUCGGAUGAAAAGAUUUUUAGUUUGGUCAAGACAUUGAAUUUUCUUUCUUUCAGAUCAAAAGAAGGAUCUUCUCCUAGCUGGCUCCCCAUAUAAAAAAACCUCUCAAUGUAUCACAAGAAAUAACAGUCUUAGAAUUCUUGCUUGUCCAUCUUCUUAAUCCGAUUACGAUGGCUGCAUGGGGCAAAACAAUGUCGUCACUUGUAGAAAGCGUAUACAGCUUUCUAUUAAAUUUAGAUGGUAAUGCAAGGCCAUGCCACCUCCUUCAUUCAUUAGAUGCAAGAUCUGGAUAGCCUUUGGGAAUACCUGUUGUCCAUGCUGGCUUGCAUUUCUUCCUCAUUUUAAUAGAAAUUUAAGCUGAAGCACAAAGAUUGGAUUGUUUGGUAUCCUCAGGUGUACAUCCAAUCAUAACAAAUUAAAUUUUGGGCUAAAUCUGAUUAUUACUCUUGUCAAUAUCUCGCCAAUAUCUCGCCCUGCAAAGAAUAUACAACCUUGGUAUUGGUUUCAAAAGUCAAGCAUAUGCAAGUGCCUUUUGAUCAAAAGCAACAAUAAAGUGAUAUUUUUUUAAAUUUCAUGUACGGUAACCUGCUUUUCUUUUAUCUCCGAUUAAAAAAUAAUCAUUUGCAUGAAUUGGAAAAAUAACAAAUGAAAGCUGAAUUUGUCAUUGAUACCUUAGAUUGAAAUUACUUUUGACUAUUCCAUGCUAAGAGUUCUAAUAGGAUAGUAUUUCAUUAAUCAAUAUUUCUAAAGAGAUCCAGGCCUGCCAAACAUUUAGUAAGAAAUAUUGCUAUCAACUUGUGAUACAACGACUUGGCUAUCUAUCAUGUGACCACUCCUGAGUGAAAAACCAGGUGCUAAAUCACCCCCAUUUCGGGCCAUUUUUCAUUUUCUCUUUAAUCUUACUCGUUUUCAACGGAUGUGCGGAUUCAAGCCGUGAGCCAAAAAGUCCUAAAUUUGGCCUAAUAGUCCUCACGUGUACAGAUCAUGGGAAUCGGUGUUGUAGUUUUAAUCUUGGAACAGGCACCAUGUAUUACCAUAAUUUUUGAAUUACUGGCAUUAGAGAUGAUGGGUGAAGCGAGGAGCGUGGAGACCGUUAGUGGAAUCAUCGAGGGACCUCUAGGUUUGAUCUAUCUUUCUCUCUAUCUCCCAUAAGGAUAUUCAUGGUCAUUAGGAUAUUGGUUGAUGGAUGGAUGGAAGAAUUAUAGAAGGAGUCUACUUUAGGGAUUAUGGAUGGAGUAGAGAAGUGGUUGAGAAUAUGGCACCUAGCUAAAUACUAGACUUAACCUAACCUAACAAAAUCUAAACUUCAAAAACUUCAAAUCAUUCAUUCUUGAAGCACUCUUACAAAUAUUUAGAAGCUAUAGAUUUUCUUCUUUUUUAAAAAUUUGAUAUAUUUUCUUUACUUUUCUGCUCUCCUAUUUAGUAUUGUUUGCUGAGAGCUAGAUGUGUAUUCACUCAAAGCUUUUUCACAAAAGUUAUCGCCAUUCUGGCUACCUAUCUGCAGACAGUACACUAUGUAUUAUUGAUUAAUUUCUGAAAUUAUAAUUGAUUACCGAUAGAGGCAGGGAUUGUUGAUUCCCUGCAUAGACACUAGACUGGUAACUUCUUCUUAUGUUAUCUUUUAAUAACGUACAAUGCAGAAUUUUGUGUUCAUUACAUUCAUUGGAAAUAAUGUAUGUCUAAUAACACAAUCUUAUAUGAUUGGAGAUUGAAAAGGAAUGUUAGCAUUCAACUGAGUUUGAUUAUUAUCUGUAUUCAUUGUGUAGUCUAUGCAGUAGUGCAACGUGACGUAAUGUUGCAAUUUAAUUUCUAUAUCUACAAUGUUCACAUUUUAUUGUUCAUUUUGAUUAUUCUUUCAGAGGUAAUAGAAGUUGCCAACAUUUUUAUCUGUGAAUAUAAUUGUGUAUGUAUUAUAUGGAUACAAUGACAUGAAUAUGUUUUGAAAUAUACAUUAUAUGUAUAAACAUUGUAAUUGAGUAUAUGUUAUGUUUUAUGUAUAUGAGUAUUCAACUCAAGAUAUCAAAAAUAUUAACCAAGAUAUUUCCAUACAGAGAUGAGUAAAUGAAAAAGUACAGGUACGCUACUUUUAAGAAAUACAUAAUCUUUGUAAAAUUGGUAUUUUGACAUUAUGUUGUGAAUUGAUCUUUUUUGUAUAUAUAUAUAUAAAGUCUAUACGAAUAUGUAAUAUAUAAAUAUAUAUCUUUCAAGUGAUUCAGGUAAUUAUUAUAUGGACAAUACAAUUGUUAAUCAUGUAACAAUUUAUAUUCUAAAUCUAUAUUUCAUAAAUGUGAUAUAUAUGUAUCAUGCUUCAUGAAGUCACCAAGUUAUAUGAAUAUUUACCCAAGUUUUGUUUAUCCUUGAUCCUUUUUUCCCUCAAAUAUCAAUCAAAAGUAUUAGACAUUUAAAGAGCAUGAAUAAUGAAUACUGUAUAACAACAACAGCAACAAUAAAAAAGCUAUGUUUUAGAAAUCAUAGAAAUGUUUUGUAGGGGCAAUAAUGCAGUGUUUUGGGUAGCAAAAUUCAAAAACAAAAUUCUUAACAUGAAAAACCUAUGAUAUUCCUUGAAUUGCAAAUGGGCUAGUUCAUACUUUCGAGUUCGAGUUUGGGGGUUUAAUGACCCACUAAUGUUUUUUUUUUUUUAAGUCGAUAAGAUAUCAAGAACAGCCAAGGUUCUAUUUUUAGCAAAUAUUAUAAACAUUUUGUUUUAAAUACCCUUCUUACAUAACUGUAUAGAUUUCAGACCUGCUGAGGGAUACACCACCUUUAAGCAUGUUACCUGACUGAAUGUUCAAAGUCCUCUAAAUGGGUAGUUUGAAAGCUCACCUAGUGCUCCUGUGCCAUUUGAACUCCCUCUUUUGCUUGAUAUUAAACAUUAAAUGUGAUAGAAAUAACUUGUUUACUUGCUGUACUUCAGGUAUUGCUCCAAAAUAUGGAGAUUACUGACACUGCAAUAAUGAAGAUUAUAAAGAAAACGACUAAAUCAAUUAAAAAAGUUAAUGAAUAAGUAAAGUAAACAAUUGAUUGAAUAGUUAGAUAAACAAAUCAAUCAAUAUAUAAAUAAGUAUUUGCUAAUUGAGCAGAAAUGCACUUUCAGAAACCGUCUCCGACUUUUGAGCAGUAUUUCAUGUCUGCAGAAAAUUCUAGUGUCAGUUGUCCGUGCAUGAUAUACUGCAUAAGAAUUAUUUUUAAUGAAACCAUUUCCUACAAAACAUUAUUUUGCAGGUUACAGUAAGGAAUCAAAGUUCAUUAUUCAUUGCAAUGAUUGAUAUGAAAUGUCAUGGUAAAUCCCAAAAUAAUAAUUUCUUUGCAUGCUCACAUCAUAAAUUUCCAAGAGUGACUUGAUUUUGUUCUCAAUCUAUAUUGUUUACUUUUACUUAAAAACAUUAGAAGUAAAGACAUUGUUCUUGAAUACCGAUAUCUUCUUUCCCCAGAGAUAGAACCUUUUACACAUGCACUCUUCAGAACAACAUAAAAUGGCUGAAUACAGAGAAUUCUCCAUUAGAAAUAUUGUUUAUGUAGUGAGUGUCUAGUCUUUUUGUGAUAUUGACAAAAUUUGGAGAAAAUAGUUAAACUUUUCUGUGUGCUGAAUAUUUUGUUUGAUUAGUCGAGUAUAUAAUUUUGUCAUUUUAUUUCACUCUCUUAUUUCAUUCUGAAUAAGUGCAAAAAAGAAAUUUCAUUAUUUUCUGAUAACUUGAUAAUUUCUUAUGUUCAAUUAAUUUUUGUUUGUUUUUAUUUCACAAUUCAAUGUAUUAUUUGUUGCUUUAGAAUGUUAUGUACAUAUAUAUUAUUGUUCAAUGAUGAUUAUGAAUUGAAUUAACAUAAUUUCAUGGAAUCAAA